AUGGUUUUUUCGUCUACCGACCUGCGUGAAAUUAAAUCCGCUAUAACCUCCACAUUCAACGAGAAAUUCCUCAACGAAAUUGCGGUCAAGGUUGCUGUUCUGGUAGAAAAACAGUUCGAGGAACAACUGAAAUCUCAUAGGCAAGCCAUCGACACCCUAAGGGAACAAACAAACAUCCUGGAAGCAGAAAACAGGCGACUCAGGAUGUUCGUUGACCACAGGGAGCAGUUGGAGCGAAAUCAUAACGUUCGCAUCUUUGGGAUAGAACUCACGAACGGUGAGGUUUUGGACAAAAAAAUUAUUGAUUUGUUUGUGAAUAAUUUGAAGGUAAAUAUACAUAACGAUGCCAUAAAAAAGUGCCGUGGUAUCGCUAACAAAAAUGCCAAUGAUAACCCUCCGGCUGUUUUGAUACAGUUCAAUUGUGAUUCCGUCAGGCGCCAGGUGCUUAAAAAUCGUAACAAACUCCGUAACAUGGAAAUUAAAAUCAAAGAAGACCUGACAAAGAGUCGGCUAAACCUAUUUAGAGAAGCUAUAAGCAGGUUUGCGUUUAAAAAUACUUGGGUGAAUAACGGUAUUAUUUUUGUCAAAGUCAAUGAUAUUGUGCAUACGAUACGCAGUGAAAAUGACCUUGAAAAAGUUAAGUAA